AUGAACUUACUGAAGAAACGAUUGGCUUUUUCUUGGGCUUCGGCCGUCGUGUUGUUCUUCUCCACGGGUUCCGCACAGGAGACAAAGACCGGCAUCGUGGUUGAUGGAACCUCGUUCGCUCUGAACGGAGAGAAUUCGUCUUACCGUUUUCACGUGGACAACACCACUCUGGAUCUGAUUGCAGACCAUUUUGGCGGACCGACAACGGAGGAUGGUAUCUUCGCCGAAAUUGGCCCAAUCAAUGGGUGGGUCAACAUGAUCGGGCGUGUCCGACGUGAGUUCCCAGACCUUGGAAGGGGUGACUUUCGAACACCUGCGGUGCAUAUACGCCAAUCGGCGGGCUACACCGUCAGUGAGUUUCACUAUCAGUCUCAUGAGAUUCUCGAAACAAAGCCUGCACUGGAUGGAUUACCAUCUACGUUUGGUGAAGGAUCCGAUGUUUCAAGUCUGGUUAUCCACAUGUACGACAAUUACAGCUCUGUGGCAGCGGACUUGACAUACUCGAUUUUCCCGAAACACGAUGCUGUUGUCCGCAGUGUCAAAGUUACCAACAAAGGCAAUGACUCCAUUGUUAUAGAGAAGCUGGCAAGUAUGAGCAUCGAUCUUCCCUACGAUGAUCUAGACCUCCUAGAGUUACGGGGCGAUUGGGCUCGUGAUGGUGUGAGAGUGAGAAGGCCCGUAGAUUAUGGCACCCAAGGAUUCGGGAGCACUUUAGGGUUUUCUUCCGCUCUACAUAACCCAUUCCUCGGUGUUGUGUCGUCGACAGCAACAGAAUCCCAAGGAGACGCGUGGGGAUUUUCUCUCAUCUACACUGGAUCAUUUCAAGCUGAGGUGGAGAAGAGCUCGCAAGGGCUGACCCGAGCCGCGAUUGGAUUCAACACACACCAGCUGUCUUGGAAGCUUGGCCCCGGCGAGUCUCUGACGUCGCCAGAGUGUGUGGCGGUUUUUUCAAAUGCCGGCAUUGGUGGAAUGUCACGCAAGCUCCACAGACUCUAUAGGAAUCAUCUUAUGAAGAGCAAGUACGCAACUGCAGAGCGACCGAUUCUCCUCAAUAGCUGGGAGGGCCGAGGAUUCAGAGUCAAUGAAAGCUCUGUCUACCAGCUAGCAAAGGAGACCGCCGAUUUGGGAGUCAGCUUGUUUGUGCUGGAUGACGGGUGGUUCGGGAACGAGUUUCCUCGACAAAAUGAUUCUCUUGGACUCGGAGACUGGCAGCCAAAUCGCGAGACAUUCCCUAAUGGCCUCGCACCGCUCAUCGAAGACAUCACCCAACUUUCAGUUGCCAACAAGACAGACCAGACAUUGAAAUUCGGCUUAUGGUUUGAGCCUGAAAUGAUAAGUCCUCGAUCGACCUUGUACAAUGAGCACCCGGAUUGGGCGCUUCAUGCCGGGCCGUAUCCUCGCACACAAACUCGCAAUCAGCUUGUCCUCAACCUUGCACUGCCUGAAGUCCAGGAUUUUAUAAUUAAAACAGUCGGGGACAUACUCCGAAGUGCCCCUAUCUCUUACGUCAAAUGGGAUAACAACCGUGGCAUUCACGAAGCGCCCAGCCCAAGUCUUAACCAUCAAUAUAUGCUUGGUGUAUAUCGUGUAUUUGAAGCCUUGACCUCUGAAUUCCCAGACGUCUUGUGGGAGGGAUGUGCCUCAGGCGGAGGGCGUUUUGACCCUGGAAUUCUGCACUGGUUCCCGCAGGUUUGGACAUCUGACGAUACAGACGCAGUAGAACGCAUAACAAUUCAGUUUGGCACUUCUUUGGCAUACCCUCCAUCGGCCAUGGGAGCACACAUCUCCAACGUGCCCAACGGCGUCACAAAGCGUACGACGCCUUUCCUCUUCCGAGCCCAUGUCGCAAUGAUGGGUGGUUCGUUUGGCCUCGAGCUGAACCCAGAGGACAUGGAUGCAGAUGAAUUGGCGCAGUUGCCUGAGAUUCUCGAGCUCGCCGAGCGUCUCCAGCCCAUUAUCAUUCGCGGGGACAUGUGGCGCCUGGCGCUUCCGGAGGACUCGCAAUAUCCAGCCGCUCUUUUCAUCUCGGAGGAUGGAUCUGAGGCUGCACUUUUUGCUUUCCAGACACGGCCCUCGAUUACUACCAAGCGACCCAUCUUCAAGUUGCAAGGUUUAGAUGCCAGGUCAAAGUACACUGUUUGGGGAAACCAAACUCUUUCUGGCGCCACUCUCAUGAACGCUGGAAUCCAGCUCAAAUUUGAGAAUGAGUAUGAUAGCAAGGUUAUACUUCUAAAGAAACAAUAG